AUGACUGUAGAAGUACCCAAUAUAGAGUUAUCUACUCAAACGGCAUAUCUUGCAGCUUUGACCAUUUUCACUCCUAUUGCGAUAUUUUUCGUCCACAAAAGCUUUUCACCAAAGACAAGAGAUGGAAAAACAAAGCAUAACUCACCAAUAAGUGCAAAUAGAAGCAAAUUAAAAUUCGAGAAAUUUAAAGUUCCGGGAUAUUCAUUUAUUGAAACCGGAGAGGAAUCAACUGAUAGUCGAUUUAAAUGUACUCAGGUAGAAUUUCAUGACGAUGAAAAUCUUUCAGCUACAGUUGCCACUAAUUUGAAUAACAAUGACGAUUUGAAAUUUUUACGAAACCAACUCAAGGAAUUAUCCGCUACUAAACAAGAAUACCGCGAUUUCUUUGUUGAUAAAGAAGACGAAACUGAAGAAAGUAUUCUCGCUAACAAAUGGUGGAAAUUCUGUGGUAGUGCGGUAUGGUUGGAAAAAUACAAUGUUCAUUUUAUGGUUAAUAGAAUUGUUUAUUCCAAGGAUGCUGUUCGAAGUUGGCCUACAAUCUCCGUACUUUCAGGUCAAGUAUUUGAUAACGAUUGGAAUGAAUUAACUGAUUUCAAGUUUCCAAACAGUGAUUUGAAAUUUCCGGGAAUAUUACCUCAUAUUAUAGAUCAAGGUCCCUACCAUAAAUUAGAAAUCUUGGGAGCUGAAGAUCCUCGUGCGGUUUUGCAUGAAUUCACAAACGAUCAAGGUGAACUUGAUCAAGAGCCUUUAAUUAUUUUCAAUGCAUUAAGAACUGAAAUUGGUUGGAAACGUGCCAUGCAUGUAUACCGUCCAUUGCAAGACCCAUACAAUAUCACUAGAUUGUCCAUUAAUGGACUUAAGCCUCGUUUGAUUGAAAAGAAUUGGGCCCCAUUUAUGGAUGCUGAAGAAGGUGAAAUCAACUUUAUUUAUAAUUUCCAUCCGUUACGUGUAUUGCAAUGUAGUGUUUAUACCGGGGAAUGUAAUAAAGUGAGUGGUCCUGACUUUAAUAAGGACCCUACCAAGAAUGCUGGAAAGUUGAGAGGUGGAACGAAUCUCGUACCAAUUCCAGCUAGUUUAUUGCCUAAGAAAUUAAGUCAUAGAAAAUAUUGGUUUGGAAUUGGUAGAUCCCAUACCAAAGAUUGUGGAUGUGUUAAUGAAUUAUACAGACCUCAUGCAUUUAUAAUCUCCAGACCUGAAGAUUCUCUCUCUUUCACCUUGGAUUAUGUUUCUUCAUUGAUUGAUUUCAAUAUGAGACCAGAAACUUGGAAUGGAGGUGAAAGUAUUUGUGACGAUGGGAAAUCUGUAUUGAUUCCAAAUUCAAUUUCUUAUUGGGAUAUUGCAAAUACUGAUAGUACCGAAAAGCCAGAAGAUUACAUGGGUAUAACAUUCAGUACUGCUGAUAUGCAUAAUAAAUUGGUGCAUGUUAAAGGGUGGUUGCCUCAUAUUUAUCUUGUCUUAGAUAAACUAGAAUCCCAAUUGAUUCAACAUUAUGCUGAUGUUGACCAUACAUUUAUUGAGAAUAAGCUUUUGGGUGAAUGCUCAACAUUCUUGUCCGAAGACUAUUGUGAGGCCACUUCUAAAUUGCAAAGUUGGUAG